ACUUGUAAUUUUUCUAUAACUUUGGUGUUGCUUUUGAGUUUCUCAUAAGUUUCUAACAAAACUUCCAAUUCUGCUAUGCAUUCGCUCAUCACAACUCUCUUGAUUCUAUUUGUGUCUGAUGCAAAUUCAAUAUCAUUCAGCUUCAACACCUUUAAUGAAACUAAUAUUCGUAACAUAAAACUCCUAGGCAAUGCAUCUCAUUUUGAGUCUGUCAUUCGUCUUACAGAAAACAAACUUUUUCAGAACAGUCAAGCUACGUAUGCCCGUCCAAUUCAUCUCUGGACCGACAGCCCUUCAAAAACUUUAGCUGAUUUCGUUACCAACUUCACUUUUUCCAUCGACGGGCAGAACAAUACCAACUACGCCGACGGGCUUGUGUUCUUCCUUGCUAAAGAUCACAUGACAUUAAACUCAACGGAUAAUCCAUUUGUUGGUGUGGAGUUUGAUGUUUUUUGUAAUCCAUGGGAUGAUAUAGGUGGUCCUCAUGUAGGCAUAGAUUACAUGACGUUAAAAUCGUUGAAAAGUUCCGCGUGGGAUGCUAAUGUGGAAGGGAGACGGAUGGAUGCUGGAAUUAGUUACAAUUCCUUUUCCAAAACUUUGUGCGUUGAGUACACUGGAUUUCAGAAUAAUGUCACUUCGUUACAGGGAUUCUGCUAUAAACGUGACUUGAGAGAUUACUUGCCCGAAUGGGUUACUGUUGGUUUCUCAGCUUCAACCGGGUUAUUUUCUGAGUCACAUAUUGUUCACUCCUGGUCUUUCAAUACAAGUCUUCGAAACUUGGAUGCAUUAGCCUCUACAACUUCUCCUCCUCCGCAACAAGGCGCGCCUACUCCUCCUCCGCAGCAAGGCGUGCCUUCUCCUUCUCCGCCUGGCAAAAGAGGCCUGGCAGGAUGGAUGAUGGGGUUGAUAAUUGGUGGUUGUGUUGUAUUAAUUGUCACUGGAAUUGGUUUGUGUUGGAUUUGGGUUUGCUGGUAUGCAAAGAAGCGUAAAACGCAAUCUGAAGACGACCCACAGGAUGCACAAAUGGAUUCAAUCAAUCUGACCGUAGCUAAGUGUAUGUCACAUGACAUUUUGGCUUCUGCAACCAACAACUUCGAUGAGAAUCAAAAGCUCGGUGAGGGAGGAUUCGGUGCUGUUUUCAAGGGUUAUUUGGAAGAUUUGAACAAAUAUGUUGCUGUUAAGAGAAUAUCUAGCAGUUCUGAUCAAGGAGCAUCUGAGUAUAUAGCUGAAAUAACUAUAAUUAGCCAACUCCGUCACAGGAAUUUGGUUCAACUAAUUGGCUGGUGUCACGAGAAGAAAGAUAUGCUUAUAGUUUAUGAGUACUUGCCUAAUGGCAGUUUAGAUUUCCAUCUCUUCGGCAGCGAAAGCUUGUUGAAUUGGGAGCAUAGGUACAAAAUUGCACUGGGAUUAGCAUCCGCCUUAGACUACUUGCAUCACGGAUGGAGAGAAUGCGUGUUACAUAGAGAUAUCAAGUCGAGUAAUGUGAUGUUGGAUUCAGAAUUCAAUCCUACACUCGGAGAUUUCGGCUUGGCCCGGAUUGUCGAUCACAAUGCUCGAUCUCAAACAUUACUUGGCGGAAGCUACGGAUACAUGGCUCCUGAAUGCCUUGAUACAGGCAGGUCGAGCAAAGAGUCGGAUGUCUAUAGCUUCGGUGUUGUUGCGCUGGAAAUUGCAACUGGAAAAAAGCCAUUUGUGCAACUCGGAGGAGACGGAAGCCAAGUACAUCUUAUGAAGUGGGUAUGGGAGCUUUACGAAAACGGAGAACUAGUCGAUGGGGUCGACGAAAAAUUGCAGGGAAAUUUUGUUGAGAUACAGAUGGCCUGCUUGAUGAUUGUCGGACUUUGGUGUGCUCAUCCUGAUCCUUCGAUGCGGCCUUUGAUGAGGAAUGUAAUUAAUGUGCUUAAUUUUGAGGCUCCAAUGCCUGAUCUUCUUUCAGAAUAAUGUUCCUAAGCUAUCAAGAUUG